UUGCAGUACGUGCCCGUGAAGGGAGAUCACGUAAUAGGAAUAGUGACGGCCAAAACGGGAGACCUGUUCAAGGUGGAUGUGGGUGGAAGCGAGCAGGCGUCUCUGUCCUACCUGGCGUUUGAAGGCGCAACUAAAAGGAACAGGCCGAACGUGCAGGUGGGAGAUCUUAUUUAUGGUCAGUUUCUUGUAGCAAAUAAAGACAUGGAACCAGAGCUGGUCUGUAUAGACAGCAGUGGAAGAGCAAGUGGCAUGGGAGUAAUUGGACAAGAUGGCUUCCUCUUUAAAGUCUCCUUAGGUUUAAUAAGAAAACUUUUGGCUCCCAAAUGUGAAAUAAUUGAGGAGUUGUCACAAUUGUACCCUUUUGAGCUGGUGCUGGGAAUGAAUGGAAGAAUAUGGGUAAAAGCAAAAACAGUUCAACAGACUUUAAUUAUAGUAAACAUUUUGGAAGCCUGUGAGUAUAUGACAGCAGAACAGAGAAAGCAAGCACUUGCCAAACUGUCAGGGAAUUGAUUGAAGAAACCCAUGAGGAUUUGUUUCAGAUAACUGUAGGGUGGGCUAUUUUUAUAUUCAGGUUUAUAUAAAAUCAUUUUUUAAAUG